AUGUUUACGUGAUUUUAAAAUAUGAGAAAUAGUCUGAUUUAAAUUAUAAUGACAGUCAUUGAAGUGCAGAAUAUUUGUGUAUUUUUUAGAUGAUCUAUAUUUCUGAGGCCUUUUGGAUUUUAAAUGCUGCAGUUUUGUCAGCAGUUUAAGUAAAAAUGCAGCAUUAAAAGAUUCAAAACGUGUUUUCUCCGACAUAUACAAAACAGACAUAGAAGGAAUUUUAUGCCAUGAAAAGUCGCACAAACUGCAGCUAUCCAACACAGCAAAGUAUAAACUGAAGUAUAAUUUUGGAUCAAAACACUUAAGGUCCCGCAUUUUUUUUCCUUUCUUUUUUUGUUCAAAUAGUCAACAUCCUCAAUUUAUAUUUUUGGAUUUUAGAAUUUGGUGACAAAAAACUGUUUCCUUUCACUAUGUGAGACUAGAUUUAGUAGUAAUGCUACCAAGAAACAUGUAUUUUGAGAAAUUAACAGCCCUUUUUAUUGACUUUUACGCGUAUUUAUUCAAAAUCAGAAUUAAAAGGCUUGAAACAAUCACAGAUGUUCCGUGUAAACAGGCCAAAGCUUCUGAUUGAGAACACUGAGGUUACUGGACCAUUUCUAUUUUCUUUACUGUGGCGCCAUCUUGUGGUUUUAUCAAGAAUUUACUGUACACAACAAUAAACAUCAGAAUCAGUAUUAAUGGCUAAGGAGGUACAAAGCAUACAAGGAAUUUCGUUUUGGCUGUUGGUGCCACUCUAGAAAUAAGAGUAAUAAAAAAAAAAGAAAAAUAGAUAACAAAAUAAAAAUUAACAUUUACACAUCGAAACAAGAAUGUAUAGAGUAGUGCAAAAUUAUAAUUGCUAGAGUGAUAGUACAGUGCAAAAAGCAGAUAAUACUGUUCUUUUUCUGCAAAAAUAAUGUACAUAUACACUAGUAUGUUGAAAAUUUCAGUCAUUUAAAGAUAAAAACUUAUAUUUCAGUGGACUUAGAAGUAAACAAACUACAUUUUACGGCCCUUACUUUAUAGAUGAUACAAUAAACUAAGAACAAACUAAUGUUUUUUUUUCUCUUCCGUGACGCAGUGUGUCCUCGUAAACAGCAAUCUUGAAUAAAAUAACAUAAUUUUAAAAAACAUGACUUUUUUAGCUUUACAUUCGCUUUUAAAAUAUUAAACUUUCUUUCCCUUUUUUUUAUAAAACUUUUUUUUUUAGUUUGCUGCUUGUUGAAUGGUUAAAAUAAAUUGCAUUAAACACCGUUAACUCUCUGUGACCGGGAUGAAUAAAUAUAUUUGUGCUGUAUCACACCGUCAGCUCUUUCACGCUGGGGGAAUGUGCGCAUGACCGCAAUUAGCUAACGAGCUGCCGCGUGACGUAACGUGAGCGCGCGAGUCCUUGUCCAUGCCGAGAGCUCGAGACGCUCAGAGCAUCCAGAGAGCUUCACCUGAGACCUUCAUCCAGCUCUGGUAAGACAGAUUCACUCACAACUGAUGGGAUUCACACUAAAACUGCACCGGGAAGGUUCGAAUAUUUAUUUAGAUUAAUAAGCAUUUUUUUAAAAUAAAUACUCAUUAUUUUCAAGCGAAAAUUCACUUGUUUCCACUUGGUAUUAACUGAUAAUAUCUUUAUUUGCAUAUACUGUGAUAUUUAACAGUUUUUUUCUUUAACACUGACCUGAAAUCUUCCUUUAGAAACUAUUAAAUAAAAGUUAUUAUUAUUACUAUUGUUAUGGUUAUGCAAUGCUGUAUAGUAGCUGCAUGUGCGAGGCUCCUCUGAAACCUGAAGAACAGGUGUGGCGACAUGUGAUGUUAAAAGACACAACAGUAGAGGGAGUUUUCUCUCUGCUCUCUCGUUGCACAAACCCGUCUACUCCAAGUCUACCGUGUCCAUAGGCAACAAUAGAGGCUGAACACUUUCUGGCACGCAAACCCAUCGUGUGAGAAGAAGAAUGUGUGUUCUCUGUGAGGUUGAACUCUAUAUGUGGUGUUAUCAUGGUCACAAUUUAUUUGAAAUCAGACAACUGCAGAUGGAUGUACGGCAUAAAUGCCUACAGAUAAGAGGUUGUGUUUUUGGAGGUUUCUGGAAAUGUGGAGACUUAAAUGACUGAAUUCACCUUUUAAUUGAUUUAUCAAUCUUUUUUGGGGGAAAAAACAACAAAAAAGGAUUUAUUGUGUGUGUUCUCUACCAGAAUUAGCUUCCUGUUGGAUUCCCAAUGUUGACCCUGGGACUUUUUGAAACUUUUUCAUCUCCAUUUAUUAACAGCUUUCUUGUUAUAGUCCAAAGGUUGCAUGAAAUAUGAUUUGAGUUUGUUAAACUGGUUCAGUAGCUUAAGUUUGAUGUAUUUUGUUCUUUAAAAUAAUGCUCCAUUGCAACAUAAUCAGAGAUAUCAUCUGUUUUAUUCCACCUUUUGCAUGUUAACACCUGUUGCCUACAUUACCCACAAUGCAGUGUGACUCCUCACCUUUCCUGGAAAUGUGGAGUUUAUUUUUUUACGUUUUAAUUUAAUAAUAUAUUUUUAAAAACUGACAUAUGUUCUUUACCAGAAUUAAUUUCCCAUUAGUCUCCUAACUUUCAUAUUUUUUCUAUAAUUGAAAGACUUUUUAUAAUGUAUUUAGGAAUAAUUGACAGCUUCAUUAUUGUAGUCCACUAUUUCUAACACAAUGGCCACAAAAAAAAAGGAUCUAAGCUUGUUGCAACUUCUAAUUUGUAGUUUUCAGCUGCCACCAAAGCAGCAAAGUUCCUCACUGAAGGCUUCAUACUUCAUCAGCAGGAUCACCAAUCACCUCUAAACUGAUGGGCUUUAAUCCCUGUGCUCCUCCUGAAGGAACCAUGUCUGCCGUCUACCUUCUCCUCCUCCUGCUGCCUCUGAUCUCAGCUCAGACGUAUCACUGGGGACCCUGUCCCACUCCGAAGGUUCAGCCCAGCUUCAACCUCCAACAGUACCUGGGCAGGUGGUAUGAGAUCGAGAAGCUUCCUGCUUCCUUUGAGAGAGGAAAGUGCAUCGAGGCGAACUACGCCGUGAGAAGAGACGGAACCAUUCGGGUGCUGAACUCUCAGUUCUAUAAAAACAAGACGAGGGUAGCAGAAGGAACAGCGGUGAUUCAUGAUAUGAGAGAUCCAGCUAAAUUUGGAGUCAGCUUCUCAUACUUUACGCCCUACAGUCCGUACUGGGUUCUGACCACCGACUACACCAGCGUGGCCGUCGUCUACUCCUGUACCGACAUCUUCCGUAUCUUCCACAUCGACUACGCCUGGAUUCUCGGCCGGUCGCGCUUCCUGCCCUAUGAGACGGUGAGUUACGCCAAAGAGCUGCUGAUCAACGAGGGGAUCGACCUUUUCAGGAUGAAGGCAACAGACCAGAGGGGCUGCAAGGACAACUAGGAACUGAUGGAGACUUCCUCUGCAGAGCGAGAAAGUUAUCAGCUGAAUCCUCCUAACAAGCACAGCAUUCGAUUCAGAAAUCAUUUGAAAAUAUAUUUUUAUGUUUGGAUUCUGUAUUAGCUGCUGAGUGUGUAAAUGACGGAUGGAGUGAACCUGUAUCAUAUUAUUGACAACAAUCAGUGAAACAAGCAAGUUCUUGAUGGGGGAAAAGUACUGUGGGAGGGUUCUGUGUAUAUUAAAGAUGCAUUCUUAAAACA